GCAACGCAAGACCUCCUUCGUCUGUUUCCUUCCUACUUGACGAAGGGGUCAAAGGGGAAUGAACGGGAAAGAAGUAAUACUAGCGAAGAUUCGUGCGUACUUCCAAAAUGCACGCAUCCGCUGUUCUCUUGGCGUCUGUCAAAUCUAUUGUGCCUUCGAAUAAUACGUAGGCACCACUUGAGAGAGGUUAUUGUGAAAAUGCCAUUUGAUCUUCCGGAUGAUAUUCUGGUGGAGGUGUUUACCUACUUGACAGUGGAGGAUAUUGUUCUAAGGAUACGUCAUGUAAACGAACGCUGGGUAGCCGUCGCAGAAAACAGUCGCGUGUGGAAGAGACUGACAUACAGACCCACCCUGCGAUACUCUGAAAAGGAAAUCAUAGACUUCUUGAGACAAGCCCCCAAACUUCAAUGGUUUGUGCCACCAUGUGGUUACACUACCACUGCUCUGCUAAUGGCUAUAAUGAAAUAUUGCAAAAAUAUUAGAAAUUUAGAACUAAAUAUGGCAGAAGCAAAUUGUAAUUUGUUAGAAAAGUUAGUAAGCGACUGUCCAAAUAUAGAGACACUCACUGUCAUUGAUGACAAUUUUGGAGGUUCAAGAUGUUUGCGAUUUGUUAGUCAGUUUCCUAAAGUAAAAACUUUGAGAUUAAAUGAUGACUUUUACUUAACAAGUGGAACAGGACGACGUCAUGAAUAUAUCCUUGCAGAAUUGGCAUUAGGCUGCCCAUCUCUUCAAUGUUUGGACCUUCGUAGUUUAAAACGAUAUUCAAGCCUAGAUUUAGAGUUCUUGCUAGAGAGGAAGAAACAGGAUAUCGUGACUCUGUUUUUAAACUGUAGUUGCAGGGAAGACUAUUUUGAUACUGGUCCUGUGCAAAGCUUGGAGAAGAUAGAUUUAAGUGGUUAUAAACAUUUUGAGACUAAGCUUACAUGGACAAUAUUUGAAAAGUGUCACAAUCUUAAACAAUUGAAUUUUAAGGAGUGCCCUGACAUUAAUGAUGAAAGCUUGGAAAAGAUUUGUAAUCUGAGACAGUUGGAAUGUCUUAAUGUGGCAUGUUGUAAUGACCUAACUGAUCGUGGAGUUGCACACAUUGUAGAGUGUUCAAACCUAAAUGGCAGAAUUUUAAUCAACAGUUUCCUUUUUGGGAUGAUGAGCGGUAACAAUUUGAUUGGUAGGCUUCUGCAGUUGGAGUCAUGUGAUACUUCGCGGUCCAGGUCCCAACAUGAUGGCCAAAAACGUCAGCUCGACUGGCUUAGACAUGCUUGUCUUGGACUGCCAAGAACCAAGCCCCAACCAAGUCAGGCCCUGGUUAGGCAACUUGCCCCACCAGUCCUCUUCUGGGUCCUCUAUAAAGUUAUAAGAAAGUAUAAAUAUGGGGGGGAUGAAGUUUUAAUUGUAAUCUUGUGAAAUUUUUAAAAUAGAAAAAUUAUGUAAUUUAAUGAAUUUUAAUAUAUCUUUGGAAUCUAUUAUUUAGUUUGUGUUGGAAUUAUGUAUAUAAUUCAAUUUCCUGUUGAAUGUAAAUGAGAGGAAUAUGUCGUAUUUACAACUCAUGAAAUGUAUGGGUAGAAAAUAUUAAUGUCAAUUUAUUGUGAAAAUUGCAAAAGAUCUGAUUUAAAUUCAUCAUAUUUUCUUUAUUUGGAACAGUAUGGUGUUAAAAUAAUUAUAUGAGGGUAAGAAUUGUUUCAUUGUAUAUACACGUUUUAGUUUUUUUUAACUUUGCUUACAAAAAAUGUUCAGCUAAAAAUAUCUGAAAGCUUGAAAAAUGUGACUGUUAGUUGGGAAUGAAAUAUCCCAAUUACUUAUACUCACAUAUUGAUUUUUAGCAAUAUUCAUUCAAGAAGAAACUGCAUUGGUUCCAUUAUACACUGUGGAAUUGUAGCCUCUUGUAAAUUUGAAACAAUCAACUUUGUUGCAAUAUCUGUUAAAUUAAAUUAUAAUAAAUUAAAUUGCUCAUAUUUUGAAGAGUUUCAAUGUGGCAACAUUAAGACCAUUCUAGUAUUCAACUCUUGAAUUGUUUUGAAAAUGGGAAUACAAAGGAUGUAUUUUCUCGAAUCAUGUUAUCAGCUUUGUUUUUUCUUGUUAUUGUUUUGUCUAUUUCUGAAGCACAAAUACUUCAGUAAUUAUCCUGAAUUAAAUACGUUUCAAUAAGAGUUGUGAACUUUCUUUUUUUUUUCCAGAUUUGAUUCAAAUUCUGAAAACCGGUUUUGUCUCUUGAAACAUCAGAAUAAUUUCUGAACAAAGAAUAUUAUAUUUCUUCCUUAUCAUGUUCAUUCUUAAUAGUCAUAUCUGAUAUCAAUUGUCUGUUUGUGUGAAAGAAUUUUCUUGCAAAGUAUCCUCAGGUUUAUAGACAAAGAUGAUUUCUCAUUACUUAUUUAAAAAAGCUUAUGAAACAUUUCACAGCUUGUUGGGUCGUCUCAUCUUUCUUGUUAUUUUCUCUUACUUAAUUUUGACUAUCUGAAAUAUUUUUUAUUUUUAUU